ACAGUCACGCAGUGAGAAGAUGAGAGGUUGAGGUGUCUCGGGUAACCAGCGGAGCAUCUGUUAUAUUUAACCAUAUAUGAAAAGACUGAUCUUCAACAGCACACGAGCCGCCGCGAAUAAACCACGUGACCAAAUGCGGAAAUUGUCCGAUAGAGAAAGUGCAGCGGAGAAAAGAGGGGAGGCAUCGUGUCCGAUUGUGUUUUGAGCUGCUUGCCGCCGUCGGUGGUACAAGUUGGACUCCCCGCAUCACACUGCACUUCCACAGCGGUAACCUUGUCGGUCUGUCUUUACAGUUUCAGAGUUUCAUCUGCCUGGGGGAAAAGUAGCCGAAGGGUUGUUCUGAGGUCAGACUGCUGAGAUGACUUGGCUGUGACAGUGUUUGUCCAAGUGUGUCUGUACUGGACAAAAUCCUGCGACAUGGCCGCCGCUAAGAAGAGUUGCGCGAAGGCAGGAGGCGUGCGCUUCUCAGAAGAACCCCCCGCCGCCGGAGCCCCAUCGCACGUUCACUUUGACGAAAAGCUGCAUGACUCCGUCGUCAUGGUGACUCCAGAGGAUGACGGCAACUUCAUGGUUAAGGUGGGCUUCCUUAAGACGCAGCACCGGUAUGAAAUAGUGUUCACCUUGCCCGAGGUCCCAGCUCUGGGGAACGAUGUGUGUCCAGCACCAGUGCCUGGUCCACACCUUCGGAUCACUGAUAUCACACCAGCACCGCAGGGAGGUCUGAAGGUGACGUGCGAGUACAUGGCCCAGCGGGAGGGAGUUCUGUGUGAGGAGGUGCUGCUACUGAGCGAAACCAAUGAGGACGCCUGCGUCAAAGUCAAAGUUCACGCCAGAGUCAUGGACCGGCACCACGGUACACCCAUGCUGCUGGAGGGAGUCCGCUGCAUCGGCGUGGAGUUGGAGUAUGACUCUGAGCAGAGCGACUGGCAAGGAUUCGACUAAAGCUUAAACUCCUGCUUCCCCGAGCACCUGAAGCACGCGCCGACGACACACACACACACACACACCGGUACUCGCCAUCAUACGCACGCCGAGUCAAACACACUUCAGCCAUGUUCCACGUAGAAACAAAGUGAACACACAGAUGAUUUCGUGCCACGUCGUGUACAGCAUUUCAAGUGCUUGUGUGACUGAGUGUUCAGUCUUGGAUUCAGUGCAAAAUGUAUAUUUGCGUGCCGACAACAUUUACAUAUGAAAACAUUUCUCUGCUGCGACUUCAUUCACGGCAGGUUCACGGACGGUUUGUCUUUCUGUCACUCCUCCGGCGCUUCUUCUUUUUUUUGUCUUUUUGCAAUGUGUGUUCUGCCGUUCACCUGUGUAGUCCUACCUGAACCUCUAGAGGGCGCCAUCACUCUGAAUCGGUGCAGCCUCAGAUCCUUUUCGCUGCCUCUCAUGCUUCCCAGUCUGCAAACUGUAUCCCCCUUAGAUUCACAGGUGAGGUAGUGAAUAAGGGCUCUUUUAUAAAUCAAGUAGUCUGACACUGAUGUAUAGGAAGGAAUGCAAAUCUGUGCAGCAAAAACAAACAAACAAACAAAAAAACAGCUGAAUUGACUAGCAAUGCUGAGCAUGUAAUAUCUCUGUGUGGCCAGUAGGGGGCACUGCAGCCCGCUGUAUGUAAUGCUCCUCAAACCUAAAAGCUGUUCUGGAGUGCUGCAGUGUAGUCACGGCUCCUCAUUUAAAGGGAAUCUCCAACUAUUUCAUGAAUUGUAGUUUCCCUUCAAAGUUCCCUACCAACUUCUGCUUAAGUUUUCCUUCUCUAGACUUCCCAGGGAAAUCCCAAACAAUGUGCACGAGAUUAUUUCAGUGUGUGUAUGCGUGGAAAGAAAUGGCAGCAGAAGAAGAACACAAAGAGGAGCUUUCUUCUGAGGGAAAAAUAAAACUAUAGAGAAUAAUAAUGCCUCUGAGCACGUGCUGAAGCUAUGUGGUAUUGAUCUAUUGAGGUCUUUUCCCCGUGUGGUUAAACAUUUCUGUCAAAUGGUUCACCUAGAAAGAAGCGCUUUGUCUUUUUGUGAUGAGUUACUCACAGAAAAAGCUAAAAUGAAGUACCAUUUUUUGGUUUUUCCUGCUGCCAAAUUUUUAAUGGUUGAGCUACAGACAUUUUGACACGUUGUUAUGUUGUGCCACUUUCCUGAGCAUUAAAGAAAAAUAUACUGCGUAUAGCCAAUAAGGGUAUUAAACAAUUAAUCAAUUAUUUGUUCAGUCAAGUACCAAAACAAAAACAAAGUUCUGCAGCUGUUCUGAUAAUAAAGUAAUAAGUUAAGACAUUCAUGCUUAAAAGCCCAAAAUGUUCUGGUUACAAAUGUGAGGAUUUAUGUCUUUGUAAAUUCAGCAUCUUGUUUUUUUUUUGUUUGUUUGUUUUGUUUUGUUUUGUUUUUUAAAUACUCUUGCGUCCAAGUGUUUGGGUGGAUUUUUCCUUUAAGAAACCACGCUGCAGCCAGUCCGGAAGAGCUCGGGUUUCUUUUGUUUGAAUUCACGGAGCCUUCAGGACACGCAUGUGACACAAGUGCCUUUCAUUGUACUGUCCUCAUUUCACUUGAGCCUAAUGAUGUUUCUGCUGUACAUCCCGUCACAAACUGUAAAGACCAACGCACAGACCGGUUCAGAUAAUCCACACAAAUCCAGCAUAACGGCCGCCUGUUUGUUGUCGUUCCAGCGUUGACUCCCACAGGUGUGAACUCACUCACAGUCCCGUUGCUCUUAUCACAGGCGUGAUCAGUGAAUUAACUGCCCGUUUGCCUCCCCUCCCUUAAUUUACAUUUGUACUUACAGAGCAAGUGCCAUCAUCUGGCUGCACCGCCGGCUCCCAAUCAUACCCCUCUUUUAAGAAAAAUCACAUGUGAAUCAACAUGUUUUGUUGGCCCUGAUUGAAUACAUCGGCCUUAAAGGAAACAAUUCUGUGUGUGUGUGUGAGAGAGAGAGAGAGAGCUCUCUACGUAGUCGAGCAAGAGCUUUUGAUGUAGUGCAGAUUUAAUAGAUUUAUUUGAUGUUUUGUGAUAUAGGUCAGAGUUCAGGUUUGUUUUCUUCUUCUUCUUCUUAGCGUAAAACUGAAGUGCUCAAUAGGCUACUGUUUCAGGAAUGUAGCAGGUUACUUGUUGGUGUCUGCUCCCUGUGUGUGUGUGUGUGUGUGUGUGUGUGAUUUGUAUUUUUUAAUGUCAAACAUGAAUAAAAACUCGUGUAUGUUUGA